GUUGGUGCGAAUGAAGGUAGAAGGCAGAGUAAUGGCAAGAGGUCCUGGACCGAGAGGAACAGAAUGAAACUGGAAGCAGCUGUGUCCGGGGGUGGCCCGAGCAGUACCUGAUUGAGAGAAGCUGGAUGGCGCAGUCUGACCUAGGCUCUCGUCCCCUAGUGGAGGAUUUUGUACGCUAUAAACUUUACCAGCGUGGCCUAGUUUCUGAGCCUGUUGGAGCACCAUCCUGUGCUCUACAUUCAGCCAUGCGUGCUGCUGGUGAUGAAUUUGAGGAACGUUUCCGUCAGGCCUUCAGCGAAAUAUCCACACAGAUCCAUGUUACACCUGGUACCGCAUACACACGUUUUGCAGAGGUGGCAGGUGGCCUAUUCCAAGGUGGGGUGAACUGGGGUCGAGUGGUGGCAUUCUUUGUGUUUGGAGCAGCUCUCUGUGCAGAAAGUGUCAACAAGGAGAUGUCACGACUUCUACCACAAAUCCAAGAGUGGAUGGUGAUCUAUCUCGAGACACACCUGAGAGACUGGAUGCAAAGCAACGGGGGAUGGAAUGGAUUUCUGGCUCUAUAUGGAGACGGCGCUAUAGAGGAGGCUCGAAGACAGCGUGAGGGGAACUGGGCCUCUCUGAAGACCAUCUUGACUGGAGCAGUUGCCCUUGGAGCUCUGAUGACAGUGGGAGCUCUGUUUGCCAGCAAGUAAAAAGGAAGGAGACCGGACAAGUGGCAUACAAGCUUCACAUGCAAACCAUUUCCUUAUCCAUUUGCAGCCAGCCCGGUAGUGGUGUGUGAGCCUGAGUGUCAGUGUGUAUGUUGUGGCAGAUCUCUGUAUAUUUCUGUGUUUCUCAUUAUUUGUGUGAUGCUUAUGGUUCUGUACAAUACAGAAUUCUAUAUAGAAUGAUAUGUAUUUAUCACAGUGUAUUUGCAUUGUGAGUGAAUUUCUGUAUUAUUCGCCAUGUGUGUAGAAUGCUGUAUAUGUCUUCUGUACACGAUUUCUGAAGUUCUAUGCUGCUCUGCGUGUGCAGUGUCUGUAUGCUAUGUUUACGAGUACACUCUCAUAAGCUGUCUGCA